CAUGGUAGAGGAUCAGCUGCCCCUCACAUCACCGGAUGGAUCCAGUAAUGGGAACCCACCAGAGAGGCGUCCUCAUUCCUUCCAGGAGGUCAUGGCGGAACCUUUUAAUGACACAAAACCCCCAGAGAUUAGUCCCCGUCCUCUGUAUUCCCGGGAUUACACACAAGAAGAUCACACCAUUCCUCACCAUCAUCAGGGGGUAGACGUAAUCAAUAUCAAAACUGAGGUUAAAGAUGAAGAAGAGAUGUAUGUGAGAGGAAACCAGAUGUCUAUGACAGAAGCUGAAAUGAUGGUGACAAUUACCAAGGAGGAAUCUUCUCUGGAUGUCCGCACAGGAGGACACGGUGGCUGGAAAACCCCGGAGGGACGUCCUGUUUUGUCUUCACAUUAUAAUAGGGAAGAUAUGGACAUGGCACAGUAUUCUCCAGGAGUAAGCCAUGUUACUCAAAACAAACAUCACAAACCUAGAUCAGCAGGUCUUACCAAUCACUCAAUAGUAUGUGAUUUAUCCAAAGAUAAUUCUGGUACUAUUACUUCAAAUGUCCAACCAAGCUGUCAUAGAGGAAAUAAAUCAUCAAAUCCUUCUAAUCCUGAGAAAUCGUCCCCCAAUAAUUUGCAUUCAUUUCAGGAUUCUUUCACCAAAAAAAAACAUGACCCUCUUGUCCCCCAGAAAAACAACUCCAGUGAAAAACCCUUUAUGUGUUACGUGUGUGAGAAGUGCUUCUUAAGGAAAUCGGAGAUCAUUCGACACCUGAGAAUCCACACCGGGGAGAGGCCCUUCUCUUGUACGGAGUGUGGAAAGUCCUUCACCAACAAAUCAGAGCUCACCAUACACCAGAGAGUCCACACGGGGGAGAAGCCCUUUCUCUGUUCCGAGUGCGGAAAGAGCUUCUCUAAUAAAGGAAACCGCGAUAAACACAUGAGGAUCCACACCGGGGAGAGGCCGUUUUCCUGUUUAGAUUGCGGCAAAUGUUUUGCGCAGAAAGUGACACUAAUUCUCCACCAGAGAACGCACACCACCACCUGAGACCGAUGGUGGAGCAUCCUAGACUGAAUCGCAACGCACACCACCUAAAGACCGAUGGUGGAGCAUCCUAGACUGAAUC